AUGUUUUCAAAACUUGCGCUUAGAAAUUUCAAAAGCUCAGCUCGCACACUAGCAUCACGCAGCUCUGCGCCGCUCUCUCAGCGCACAUUCGCAACGAACAGCAAGCUCCUCUCGGCGAACAGGGUAUCGCACAACCCAACUUCCGACAACCCACAGCACGCGGCAGAGAAUGCCAAGCAGGAGGCCAGCAAAGUAGCCCACGAUGUGAGCGACUACAUUUCAGGUGGUCAAGCGGCGCAAUUGGGCAGUGAGCCGCACAUGCACCCAACUAUUGGAAAGGAAUUCGAGACAAUGACGCGAGGUCUGUACGUGAAUAUCCCACGCCCAGCCAUCUUGUGGGGAGCCUUAGGCGGUGUACCAUACCUCGGUACAACAAUCUCGCAUGUUUAUCUCAGCUCGCAGCUCUACAGCGCUAAUAUGGGCGUACCGGAUAUCGACAUGGCCAGCGUGAGUCACCUGCUGUCGACUGUGGAGAACAUCCAGAUAGGGUAUGGUGCAGCUAUGCUGUCGUUCCUCGGCGCUAUUCACUGGGGUAUGGAGUUUGCAGAAUUUGGCGGCAGACAGGGCAACCAGAGAUACUUGAUCGGUGUCGCACCUUUCGUCAUCGCCGCUAUGUCGACUGUGCCAGGCUGGCAGUUGGGCAUGAUCACCCAGUGGACUGGAUUCGCUUACCAAUGGGGCAUGGACACUAAGUUGACGCAGAGGGGAUGGACUCCGCACUGGUUCGCUGCGUACAGAUUCUGGCUCACAGUCGCUGUUGGCUCACUCAUCUUGCUCUCACUAGCAAGCUCAAACUACUUUACUCCAAGAGUUGGCUCGAACCUUGAAGAGAGAAGAUUGCUGCAAUCUCAAAAGACUGGCAAGCUUGCAGGAUAUACCAAGUCAGAAUCAGGCUCAGAGAUUGACGAGGACCCAACCGGCAACGUCUUUGGUGUGAUCAAGAAGAAGGAAUCUGGAGACAGCGAGGGUGAAGAAGAGGAGUAA